GAUGCCUGCAAUAAAAAGUUCCCUUUUUAACCAGACCAGCUGAAACUGAUUAGAGCCAAGAUAGCCAACCAAAUGACUUCAAGAAGACCUCAGGCUUCAUUAUCAUCUCAUUUCCAUGCUAAAAAAAAAACCCAGCUCCCCAGAACAAUGGGAAAUAUUGGGCACUUCAUCAGGCGAGUUCAGGUGCAUUUCUAGAGAUUAUCCAGGUGCUGGUAACAAUAAUAGAGAACCAUCCAUAUCCACAAGAGGCAGAACCUCUUCCAGCAAAAUGGUGCUGCCUCACCCAAAGGUGGCCGAGGAGGCCGUCGGAGGACCACAAAGCUGCAAGUGGCUUUCUUGUGGCCUGCAGGGAACAGGUGGAGGACACUUGGAUGGGCACCCACCCCAGGUCUCACAGGAGUCUGCACCUGCAGGUCACACUGGCGUUAGCCCCUCAUCCUCUGGAGUUCAUCUCAUCCAGGUGAAGAUAGCUGGCUGGCCUCAGAGGGUCUCAUCCGCUGAGCAGUGCCUCCUCCCGAUUCAGCACAUCCCUGGUGCCGACUUUCUGCACGUGUUCACUUUGAGGCUGCAUUGUGGGCCUGCAAGAAAUGCAAAGCUGGUUGAGGCUUUAUUCAAUUCGAAUUCAAGCUGUUAAAUCGAGGCUCUCAGACUCCUGCUGCCUGGCCAGUGGAGAAAUCAACUUUCACAUAUGGCUUUGGGAUUUCUCUCUGUCAUCCUGGUCGACGUGUUCUCUCAUUUUUCUGAAGUCUGGGACCUCAACACAGACAUCUGGGUGAAGGCCUUGACAGCAGGGCUGGUGCAAAAUGAAUUGUCACAUCACACCCAACGUUCUCAACCUUUAGAAUCUGAAAGUAAGAAAAACACCUCAAACAAAACAUUACAGAUUGAAUAAUUGAAGGCACUAUGCUUGGUGCUGAAGAAGGUCUAAGGAGGUCUACACCACAGAGGCUGCACCCACUCCUCAGCCUUGCUGAGCCACACCAUUCUCAUCUCUACAGCAUCCACCUCUCUUGGCUCUUGUAAGGAUUGAGACAUGCCACCAGGCUUACUAUUGACUCUGAGUAAUCAGCACAGAUUUCUAAAAGAAACUUUAUGGGAUGCUGAGACAUGAAUAAAAACAACUUUAUUCCUUUGGAAAGGACAACCCCACAUGCUAAGAAGAUGAUACUACACGUUGUUAUAGCCCGAAAGGCCCUCUUUCCACAGGGGAGCAGUGAAGAGUAGAGGUUGCCCAUGUGGAUUCCGAAGUCAGAUAGAUAUGGAUUCAGAUCCCAGCUCUGCUGCUUGCUACCCAAGAGACCAUGGACUGUGGACUUUUUAGGUCUCAGGGUUUUUGUUUGUUGUCUAUUUUUCACUUCCAAAACCAGAAAAUGAGAAGAUAUUUUCCAUAAGAUGGCAGUGGAGAAGAGAACUUGAUGGACCUUGCUUGGACAAAAUGCCUUCACCGCUAACUCAGUCAGCUAUGGCGAUGGGUCAAGGACCUGGUAGUUUUACAGAGAAGACCCUUGGUCAAAUCUUUGUGAAUGAAGCAACCAUUCCGAUGUUCAAUAACAGGAAUGCACCAGUUCACACCAAACUAUCUGUACUAUUGAGAACAGCAAAAAUAUCUGACCAAAAACACCAAAGAGUGACAUUUUAAAAGACUUCAAGGAACUCUCAAGGCUUCCAGAGUUGGAAAGAUCAAGAAGGAGAGAAUGCAACUUCAUUAAGACACAAAAAGGAACAGGAUACAGAAGUGGAGGCAGUUCAGCG